AUGACAGGAUCAGGCUCUCCUUGUGGUGCUUGCAAGUUCUUAAGAAGGAAAUGCGUAAGGGGUUGUGUUUUUGCCCCUUAUUUUUGCCAUGAACAAGGUGCUGCCCAUUUUGCAGCCAUUCACAGGGUAUUUGGUGCCAGCAAUGUCUCUAAACUCCUUGCUCACCUUCCUGUCAGUGGACGAUGUGAAGCAGCCAUUACCAUCGCCUAUGAAGCUCAAGCUAGGGUUCAAGAUCCCAUUUAUGGCUGCGUUUCACAUAUCUUCGCGCUACAACAACAGGUGGUUAGUUUACAAUCCCAACUAGCUUUUUUAAAAGAGCAGGCAGCUCAAACCUUAGUCAAUGGCUCCAGUUGUUCAAACUAUCCUACCAACGACAAUCGACCUAACGGAGGACAUCCUUCUUACACAACUCCACAAGACAUCCAGACUAAUUGGUUACAACAAUCAGAACAAUCAUCGUGCAUAAAUAUACCCCAAUUUGAUAAAAAUUCAAGCACCAACAAUAUGAAUGAGCCCAUGAAUUUCAACUUCAUGGGAAAUCAACACUGCCAGAAUUCGCUUCUUAAGGAAGAAGAUGGGUCGUUUUCCAGCUUCCACGAAGGUUCAAGUUACUCCAUUGAUUCUUUGGACAUGCAAAUAAGCCAUAACAAAGAAUGGUUUUUCCAAGAGAAAACAGAAGAUCUUCACUCAAUUGCUUUCGGGUGUAUUCAACAUUAG